CGAUGAAUUCUUUUGUUUACACCACGUAGAGGUUUUCCGGUAAUUUUUAUGUAUGGAUUUUUUGCGUUUGUGGCUACAUACAUAUCUAUAUUGAUUUAGCUCAUCUUCUAUACGUACGAAAAUUUACUUUUUUUUUGUUACACAAGAGCAAAAAUAUGCUUAGUAUUGGGAUUUUUUUAAGCAAGCUUUUAGCAAAUUAUUAAUCUUAGAAGUAAUCUUUUUAUGACAGUCAAACCUUAGUGAACUUUUGAUAGGUACAUACUUACGUUUGCGCUUAUAUCUAAAACUUAAAAGGAUAUUCACCUUUCGAACUUAAAAAAGAAUAUCUAAGAACAUGGUUCCUAAAAUACAGUUGAAUAUAAAUAUUAUUGUGUUUACAUUAAGUAUACUAGUAGUUCAAGCAGCAUCCACUCAUAAACAUGAAAAACUAAAUAGUAAAGAAAGGCUUAAAGACGGGAUUUAUGCAAGAAAUGCCAAUCAUAACGAAGGUGGGCACCAUGUUGAAUUUGAUCACGAAGCUAUUUUAGGAAGCGUCAGAGAGGCAGAGGAAUUUGAUACACUAAAUGAAGAAGAAGCUAAAAGGCGAUUAGGGUUAUUGGUUAUUAAAAUGGAUUUAAAUAACGAUGGUUUUGUGGAUCGACCAGAACUUAAAGCAUGGAUAAUUAGAUCAUUUAAGAAAUUGUCAGAGGAAGAAGCAAACGAUAACUUUGAUCUUGCUGAUACCGAUAGUAACGAAGUUCUUACAUGGGAGGAAUAUUUACUAAAUACAUACGAUACCGAUAAUGAAACUUCCGUGUCAUCUGAAGAAAUUUACUCCCUUGAAAACGACAAAAUGUUUUUUUUCGGAGCUGAUUUUAAUAAAGAUGGAAAACUUACACGUGAAGAAUAUACUUUGUUUCAAAAUCCAGAGGAAAGUCCCGAAAUGGCACCGUUAGUUUUAAAACAAACCUUGAAUGAUAGAGACACGAACAAAGAUGGGAAAAUCGAUUUCAAAGAAUUUGUAGGUGGUGAAGCUGUUGAUCAAGAUAAAGAAUGGUUAUUAGAGGAGAGAACUAGAUACGAAGCAGCUGAUAAAGAUAAAGAUGGUUUUUUAACUGGCGACGAAAUUAUAUCUUGGGCUGUACCAAAUCAAGAACAAAUUGCUCUGGAAGAGGUUGAUCACUUAUUUGCAAUAAGUGACGAAGAUCACGACCUUCGUUUGAGUUAUUUAGAAAUCAUAAAUAAUCAUGAAACAUUUGUUGGCAGCGAAGCAACAGAUUUUGGAGAACAAUUAGAAAACAUGGAGCACGACGAGUUAUAAUUUCUGGAAAAAAGCUUUUAGCUUGUUAAAAAAAUUUAUAUUAUGACGUUGAAAAAUGCAGAUUUGCAUAUAAAAAUUGGGUGGCAAUCCACAAAAAAACGUGCGAUAUUUUUAUAUCUAAACUUAAAAAUGGCUCUUCUUAACACAAAAUUUCAAGAAAUUAAUCUUUUUCUUGACUUUUAAUUUUUAUGAAAAGUACGUACCUAUAUCAAUAUAUUUCAUAUUUUUAUAAGUAUAAAAAUUAUUAUGGAAUAAUGUCACACCUCACAAAAUGCAAUAUUAAUAGAAAAAC